AUGAUGCCAUUCAUCCCGUUCCUCCUCGUACUAGCUGGCCUGACGAUCUUCUUCUCGCGACGAAAAUACAAGGCCAUCGAGCAGAGCUACGAGGAUUCCCCUCGCGUUGUGGUGAAAGGGCACACAUAUUCUGACAGUGUCGAGGAGAUUCAGUUACAGCCGCUGCCCGUGACCAGGCCAAGUAAGGUUGAGGAUGUACGAUGUGCGUGCGUCAUCGGAGCGGGAUAUGUAGGCACGUUGACGGGUCUCGUACUGGCGUCGCAGAACCCGCAUGUCCAGUUCUACAUCGUCGACGGUGACGAACGGCUCAUCUCCGCGUGGAACUCAGAUCGGGUUCCCAUCUCCGAGCCAGGUGUGGAAGAGCUCCUAUUUGAAGAUGCAGAAAUCGUAUCGCCGGAGGCACGGGCGUCGCUAGAGCCGGAAUCAGAGUUUGGCGAGUUCGUAUCGCAGCUUCCAAGGGCUCGGAAGUUGCAUAAUGUAACUUUUUCAACGAAUUUGCAUGCGGGCAUUACGCCGUCUGAUAUGGUUUUUCUGUGUCUCGAAACGAGGGUUGGAACUGAUAUCGAGGACACGACAGUAGACCUCACACAUUUGGAAUCCGCUCUCCUUGCAAUCGCGCAAGUCUCCACCGGUCAUAAAAUCAUCGUGCAGAAGACUACCGCACCAUGCGGCAUCGUCCCCCGAAUCAAGAAAGUGUUAAAAGAAACCGCCUCCCCCUCUGCCACCUUUGAUGUCCUCUCUAACCCCGACUUCGUGGUCCCCGGCUCCGCGCUCCGCGACCUCCUAUACCCGCCGCGAAUUGUAAUAGGACACAUCUACUCGUCAGACAUGUCACCGGAAGCCAUUACGGCCUUGAAACGACUCUACACACCUUUCAUUCCGGAGGAUCGGAUCCUAACCAUGGAUGCAUGGUCUUCUGAACUAGCCAAAAUUGCAGCGAACGCAUUCCUAGCACAGCAGAUUAGCAGUCUCAAUUCGCUGAGCGUGCUGUGCGAAUCGACCAACGCGGAUAUGGGCCACGUUACGAGGGUGCUCGGACUGAGUCAGCGAGCAGGAUUCGGGCUAGGAGUGUUGCAGGCGGAUGUGAUGUGCUUGGUGUACCUGGCGAGAGAGCUAGGGGUUCCCGAGGUGGCGGAGUACUGGGGUUCCGUGGUGCGGAUGAAUGGGUUUCGGAGGGAAUGGGUGGUUCGGAGGCUCACGAGAAGAAUUGGGGAAGGGGAAGAGAAAUGUGUUGCGGUUUUGGGAGUCGGAUCGAAGGGGAACUUGGAAGAUAUGAAUGCAGGAAUGGGGCUGGUGCGAGAGUUGACGGCGACACGGGUGAGAGUCAAUGUUUUCGAUCCCCAUCUUGAAGCAAGGCGGAUAGAACAUGGACUAGGCAGUGCUGGAGCAAGGCGAGAGUUGGUAGCAGUGGCGGACUCGGUGGAGACAGCAUGUUUGGGAUGCCAUGCUGUAGUGGUUCAUACGGACUGGAAGGAGUUCAGCCAUGAGAGUGUGCGCUGGCAGGGCAUUGCACAUCAGAUGCAACAACCCAAAGUCUUUCUGGACCUGCGAGGAGCGUUCGACCGGUUCCAGAUGCAACAGUGGGGGUUUAACAUGCUGCAGCUCGGGGUCAGGGAGAUGCAUUAG